GGGCGGGUCUAAUUGUCUAUAAAGCGGUAAGUAACCCUGCUCAUGCUCAGAAGAAGAGCCGAGUCAUUCAUUGUAACUAGCUGUCCACCGAAAGAAGACAAAGAUGAGGGAAAUUGUGCAUCUUCAGGCCGGCCAGUGUGGCAACCAGAUUGGGGCCAAGUUUUGGGAGGUGAUCAGUGAUGAGCAUGGUAUUGACCCUACUGGUACAUACCAUGGUGACAGUGACCUGCAGCUGGACAGGAUCAAUGUUUACUACAAUGAAGCAUCAGGUGGUAAAUAUGUACCCCGUGCAGUGCUGGUUGAUCUGGAGCCAGGCACCAUGGACUCCGUGAGGUCCGGACCUUUUGGUCAGGUCUUCAGGCCAGACAACUUUGUUUUUGGACAGAGUGGUGCUGGCAACAACUGGGCUAAGGGCCACUACACUGAGGGUGCAGAGCUGGUGGACUCUGUCCUGGAUGUGGUGAGGAAGGAAGCAGAGAGCUGUGACUGCCUCCAGGGCUUCCAGCUCACCCACUCCCUGGGUGGUGGUACAGGCUCUGGUAUGGGCACGCUGCUUAUCAGCAAGAUCCGUGAAGAGUACCCUGACCGCAUCAUGAAUACAUUCAGUGUGGUCCCUUCCCCAAAAGUAUCUGACACAGUAGUUGAGCCCUACAAUGCCACACUAUCUGUCCACCAGCUUGUUGAAAACACAGAUGAGACCUACUGCAUUGACAACGAGGCCCUGUACGACAUCUGUUUCCGUACCCUCAAACUCACAACCCCUUCAUACGGUGACCUCAACCACUUAGUCUCUGCCACCAUGAGUGGUGUCACCACCUGCCUCAGGUUCCCUGGGCAGCUCAAUGCUGACCUGCGUAAACUGGCUGUUAACAUGGUGCCAUUCCCUCGUCUGCACUUUUUCAUGCCAGGCUUUGCUCCCCUCACAAGUAGAGGUAGUCAGCAGUACAGAUCCCUCACUGUGCCAGAGCUCACCCAGCAGAUGUUUGAUGCCAAGAACAUGAUGGCUGCCUGCGACCCACGUCACGGCCGCUACCUGACAGUGGCCGCAAUCUUCCGUGGUCGCAUGUCCAUGAAGGAAGUGGAUGAGCAGAUGCUGAAUGUACAGAACAAGAACAGCAGUUACUUCGUUGAAUGGAUCCCCAACAAUGUCAAGACCGCUGUCUGUGACAUUCCUCCCCGUGGCCUCAAGAUGGCAGCCACCUUCAUUGGCAACAGCACAGCUAUCCAGGAGCUGUUCAAGCGCAUCUCUGAGCAGUUCACAGCCAUGUUCAGGCGUAAAGCUUUCCUCCACUGGUACACUGGUGAGGGUAUGGAUGAGAUGGAGUUCACCGAGGCAGAGAGCAACAUGAACGACCUGGUUUCUGAGUACCAGCAGUACCAGGAUGCCACUGCUGAGGAGGAGGGAGAGUUUGAAGAGGAUGGUGAGGAAGAGCUGGCCUAAAUCUUUUUCCUUUUUUUUUUUUUUCCUCUUUCCUACAAGUCUCUGCCCUGAAGUUGAAUAUUCCAAGUCCAGUUCCAGUUUUCAGUGGCUCUUUAAUGUUCACCUGGCCCUCAAGGCCUGCCUCUCUCCAAAGAGUGAAGCAAAUAAGUUGAUACAAGUUUCUAAUUAAAUUCUGCAUUUCAGUUCAAUAUCUUCUAAUGUUCCGAGUCCAGUUCCAGUUUUCAGUGGCUCUUUAAUGUUCACCUGGCCCUCAAGGCCUGCCUCUCUCCAAAGAGUGAAGCAAAUAAGUUGAUACAAGUUUCUAAUUAAAUUCUGCAUUUCAGUUCAAUAUCUUCUAAUGUUCCGAGUCCAGUUCCAGUUUUCAGUGGCUCUUUAAUGUUCACCUGGCCCUCAAGGCCUGCCUCUCUCCAAAGAGUGAAGCAAAUAAGUUGAUGCAAGUUUCUAAUUAAAUUCUGUAUUUCAGUUCAAUAUAUUGUAAUGUUCCGAGUCCAGUUCCAGUUUUCAGUGGCUCUUUAAUGUUCACCUGGCCCUCAAGCCCUACCUGACUUCAGUCGGUUUGACUGUGUUGGAAAAAUAUAAAAAUAAAAGUUCUUGUGCAUAAUUGAA